CUGGUUUAUAUUUUCGAAACAGAUCAAGUGACAAAUAAAAUUAAUAAAUUUACUUCUUGCCUACAUAAAUACUAUUAUUGAGUAUUGAAGAACCGAAGUUUCCCUUUUAGAAAUCUUGGCUUGAAAAUGAAAUGUUCUAAGCAGACCUCGCCUGUUUAUAAGGUGAAAUCAAGCGAUUUCGGAAUUCCACAAAUAAUAACAACUAAACCAAAAUUCCCUAAAUCCACCUCAUACAUUUCAACUUCAAGUGAUAAAUCACCCAUAAAUGCCUCUUUAAAUGAUCCCACUCAUGUAAGUACAUCAAGAGUUUUAGAUGAUACAAGGCAUAGAACAUCCGUUAAAGCGACUCGCUUGCAAUUUACCAAGCUAUGCGAGGACAGUGCUGUGUUCGGUGCUCCCCCUUCGUUUAUUGGAAAAUGUCCAGGACAAGAAAUAAAACAAAAGUUCAAAUUAACAGAAGAUCCACGCAAACGAUUCUGUUUGAGAAAUCCCCAAAAAAUUCAUUACAAACCUAAAUCACAGCCUUUGGAGUUGGCCAAAAUUAGGGAACUUGUAAAGACCGCAGAAAACGUUGUAUCAGAAUCACACUCGUCUAAUUCUAGCAUUUGCGAAGUCAUAGAUUUAGCAAAUCCAUUUGGUUUGGAUUUCCAGGGAACUGACUUCAAAAAUACGUACGAACGAGAUGAGCAGACUUGUCAAAAUGAUCUCGAAUACCAGAAGGUAAAGAGAUUCCACCGCCGACGUAAUGUUCAAUUUGAAACGGCCCAAAUUAUUGAGAUCGAGCAGAAACUUGAGAGAUCAGCUAUUCCGAAGCGUUUUAUUGUAAGUAGUUCUUCGGUAAAAGCGAAGCCUAAGUUGCGUCUAUCGAAGCUAAUGGGAGAGAAGAAGCAACUGCUCGUUCGAUCCGAGCAAAAGCCAGAAGUUUUAAAGAAGCUCAAAGAAGAAGAUGAAAGGCGAAAAGAACGCUACAAACAGUUGCAUUUUAAAAAGAAGUCUAAAACUGCUAAAAAACACGAAGAAGAAGUUCAAGCUGAGAAAAUAGCUACCGAAGAAAAAGCAAUGCUGCUAGCCAAAAAGGAUUUUGACGAUUUUUUAACCAAACUCGAUGGAAAUGUCGUCCCAAAAGUGAUUGACUCUUCAAUGUUUUCCCAUAAAAAAGGAUAUCCUCAUAACAUAUCGGAGGCAAGAAAGUUCAAACAUGAUAUGAAAAAGUCAAAGCGUAUUCUCAUAGAACACGCUAAAAUCAAAGAACAUCUCUUAGAAGAAAUGGGAAGAUAUAAAAAAAUACCUGAAAGUCGGAUUGAAAUCAGUGCUGAAUCCAGUUCGCCAAGCUGUCAGAGCAUAGAGCAAUCUUCAAAUGAUGAAGAUGAUUUGGUUGUAGGCAAAAAAGAAAGCAAAUUUCUUCUGCGUGGAUAUUGUUAUAGACAGGGUCCAAACUUGAGAGGUAAAUUCCAUCAAAAUGAGACCGGUGCAAUGCACAGGAAGGUGAAAGGUUGUAUUACCAGAAAUGAAUGGUUUGAAUCAUUAGUUCUGAAGAAAACUCAAAGAAAGAAUGAAAAAGACGGUGACGAGAUGACCCUUUAUCCUCCCGAACUAGGCUUAAAAGAAUUUCACACUAAAAGUGCUAUACAAGAAUUUCGCCAAAAGCCGUUGGGAUGCCAUUAUGAUCGUAAAACUUUUAAGAAGUUGCAUUUUAAAAAGCCCAAGACCUUGAAAAAGAAGAAAUUUCAUUUAACUGGCUUUCUGUAUGGAAAAGUUUCGAAAAAAAAACCCCCAAAGUCCAUUACUGAUCGUGGAAAUUACCUCAAGGGUUUCACUAUGGAUUUCAUAAGAACAAAAGUAGAUAAGGAAAAAUCGAAGAAGAAAAUGGAGAAAAUUAGGAGAAUGCGAUACCUGGGGAUAUCACAUCCUGAGGAGAAAAGUUCCAAAGUAAAAUCUUUGUGCGCUGCUGAAUCCAACUCUGGUUCCUCUGAAUGGGUACCUGAUGAUGUAACGGGCAAAAAAAUAGCAUCCAAACAUAUUGAUCUGCAAGCUAGAGGAAAUAUGCCUGCACCAGAAUAUCGAGAAGCAACUCUUCGUCAGAAUCCAAGUAAUUCAAGGGACUAUCAAAAUUUAAGAAUUCCCUCUUCUCUUCUUGAUGAAUUUGUGCGAAGCAACCACAUUCCUGUAUUGAGAAAGCCGCGGAAAGACCAAAAGAUUCUCCAAAAUAUCAGAAGUGUAAAAGACACAGAAUUUGCAAAGAAAUUUGAUGCACGUCAUCACCACGACCACUGGGAUCCAACUGAACACAAGACUAUUAACGUUCGAUAUUCUAGAAAGAUCGUUAAACCCAAAGUUCUUGAUGAACAAUCUGAGGUCAUUAAGAAGAGAAGUAAAGUGUCGGGAACUUUUGACAAAGCUCGACCAAGAGGAAGUGAUGUGGAUAAAAUAGAUUUUCCGAUGCCGAAGCUUAACAUCGAUGAAAUAAUUGAGAAGCAUGGAAGCAAGUCCAAAGACCUUCUUAGAGAUAAACAAACCAAAGUAAAAGAGAUUCGCCACUCCAAAGACUUGCCUAUCCAUAGCCUGGCAGAAGACGAAUUUCAAGAAUUUCCCGGUCGAGAAAAAUUUCUUGAAUUUAUAGGUGAAAUAAAAUCAACCAUAAAUAAACGUUCGGAAAAAAUGGUGACCGAUGAACUGGAAAUAGAUAAAAGCACCUUAAUAAAUGAACUGAAAGAAGACCUAUUGAGCAUAGAAUCCUGUGUUACAUCACUGAGCUCCUCAGAAUGUACAAAUUUAUCAAUGAAUAGUGGAAGUUUCCUAAUAGCCGCAGACAAGAAAGUUCCUAUGGACUACUUCCGAAAGCCAAUUGUGCCCUUUGAAGAAAUGGUUAGGCGUCCUAUCGAAGUAGUACCCAUUGACUCCAGUAAAAAAGAAAUGAAUCCAUAUCGGACUGUUCCGUUCGCUGGUCAGCAUCUGGAACAGGUCUCCAUUUCAGUAGGAAAAGAUAACUUCUUCACAUUUAACACACGACUAAGAAAUGGACUGAGACAGCGUCUUGAAGUAGAAUCAAAAGAUCGCAAAGUCAAGCUACUUGGGCCGAAAGAAGGGCCAAAAGCCCCCGCUCAGGUAGCAACGGACAUCGAUGCACUGUAUAUUGAAGACCUUAAGAAUCGGCCGCCUUUAAAAUUAUUCAAAUGGAACUCUUGCCGCACCAUGUUAAAAGACGCACUUCGCAAGAAAUUUGAAUCGAUGCUGAUCCAAGGUGAAAUUGUUCGGACAAAAAUUAUCGAAAGUCGGAACGAAGAGUACCACGAGCAGUUAAUGAAGUCAAAGCCAUUGUUUGAAAAAUUAUUUGAAAAAUGGGAAAAGAGAGAGCAAGCAGCUGCAAUGGAGGCUGUUCGCAAAAUCCGGCCAUACUACGAAGCAUCCGAUGUCUAUCGGAAGAAAUUUGAAAAGUUAAAUAAGCAAUUUUCAGUUCUGAACAUUCAAAUCAUUUGUUUAGAACUCGAAUGGUCACGUAGAACCAUUCUGCAGAACUUCCAUUACUUGUUGGCCGAUUUAGAAUGGCGCAAAGAACAUGAUUGGAUCCAUCGAAACGCCGACGGAAGCUUAGAAAGCUUCGAGGAGUCCAUUGCAAAGAGAAGCGUAGUAAACAUUCGUAAGAGGAUCAAGGACGAUGCAUGGGCUGUUAAGGAAUACUUUGAUGAGGUGUUUCUAAAAAACCCGCACCCAGUGAUUAUAGUUUUUAAGAACGCAACAGAAUUCAUCAAUGGAAUCGAAAGUCUCAAAAAUAAAACUUUCGUUCUGCUCAGAGAAUUGCACUAUACACUAUGGAUCUCAGCGGAGUUGGAACAAAAAUAUCAAGAACUAAGCGAUUGGUGUACCAUUGAACUUGAAUCCAAGAAGAAAUACGGAGAAAAUAAAUGCGCCAAUAAAUACUUUAUGGAGAAUCGAGCUACAAAGUUAAAGCACGAAAUGAAGGUCCUUCUAAAGGAUCCGAUUAAGAGAACGUUUGGAUAUAAGCUAUUGUGUGAAAUAAAAGGGGUCAGCAAGGAAAUGUACGCGGCCAUAGUCCCAACGGCCGAUCAAAUGGAUUUGCCCGUUUUGGAGCAGGUUGCUGCAAUAUCUGAUGUCUUGCACGGACUCAUUGCAAAACUUGAGGACAUUCCAGUCGACAAACGUAUACGAGUUGAGAAAAAACACCGUCGGCUACUCGAAUACCGUCGCAACAUGUCCAAACAAGCUGUCCUCGUUGAACGGCGAAUCGAAUCCGAAUUGGUUAAGGUUCAACGCAACAUGGCACCUGUUUUUCAAAAGCCCAAACGGGUAGGUAACCUUCAGCGUUCAGAGUUAAAGAAGAUGGUUCAUUUUAAACACAAGGAAGUUAAACAAAUAUCAGAUGAAACAAAAUUAUUCUAUGAAGGUGGUCCCAAGGACCAAACGGAAGUCCGUAAGAGUUUGAAUGUGAUCGAUGGCAUGCAACAGUCAGUUGUUCCUUUCUAUUUUGAUCACUUUCUCAUAAUCAAUGGCUAUCAACCAUGUUACGACUUUAAAACUCAAAUAGAAUUAAAUGAUGGACCUGAAAUUGACCGAUUGCAUGUGAAGAAGUUGCUGCCAGAGGUUACGGACAAGUUGGAGAAAUGGCAAGCAAUGCAAAAGAGAAUUAUGGAAGAGAAUAUCAGUAAAAAUCCACAAAUGUAUCAGAACGUUCGAGUAUGA